GAAUAUACCCACAGGAGACUUCCAAGGUUUCACCCUCACAAACCUAUGAACACAUCUUCACCACCAAGCUCCACCACUUACUUCCACCCUUUUCAACCACUCAAACAGCUCCCCUCCAUCGAUCUGAAGGUGGCGGUCAUGUCCGACGACAAAACCCUUCCCCAGGACAUCCUCACUGAUGUACUCUCUCGACUACCCGUCAAAACACUUUGCCGGUUCAAGUGUGUUUCUUCCUCGUGGAGUUCCCUAAUCUCCGACCCCAAUUUUGCCGAAACCCACCUCAAUCGAUCUAAGACCCAAAGCCCUAAAUAUUUUGAGUCGAAAGCCAUUAUAAUUUCGAGCUCUCAGAAUCUCUACUCAGUCGAUUUUUCUGACAUAAAUCCAACCGCCACAAAGCUUGAUUUUCCUACUAUGGAACAACACGCCGCGGACAAGUGGGUAAUUCCCAUCAGGGUAUGGAGCUCUUGCAAUGGUUUGCUCCUAGUUUCCCAUCAAGUGGUUAAUCCCAACUUCUUCUUGUUGAAUCCAUCCACUAGAGAAUGUAAGAAACUGCCCACACCCCCUCCUGUCCUCUAUCCGGCUGGUAAAUUCUACGUGUUAUAUUAUGGUGUUGGUUACGAUUCCUCUACGGAUGAUUACAAGGUUGUGAUGACCUCUUCCUAUAAUACUGGUGGGAUUGAAAUUAUGAUUGUGACUGUUUAUUCGCUGAAAACUAAUGCUUGGAGAAGAAUUCAAGAUGCCCAUUAUCUUCUUGUGGGAAGCUCUCGUGGAGUUUUCUUUGACGGCUGCCUCCACUGCCUUUGUCUGAGGUCUGGAUCAAUCGUGAUUGUUGCUUUCAAUUUGUCGGAUGAGAUUUUCAGGGAAGUGCCACUGCCUGCUUCGUUGGAGAUUUUGAAUUGUCAUGUGGGGGUUGUUGGGGGUUGUCUAUGUUUAGUUGAUAGGCGGACUUGUAACCAAACUGAGGUUUGGAUAAUGGAAGAGUAUGGGGUAGGACAGUCUUGGACCAAAUUUACGAUCGAAUAUUUAACGCCUAGUCUGCGUUUGUUGUGUAAGGUAGCGGAAGACAAAGUUCUGUUUAGUAACAAUAGAGGUAGGCAUGGGCAGAAACUGGUUGUGUACGAUCCGAUCAAAGAAACACUUAGGGACAUGGUGGUUGCUGGAAUUCCAAGUGAAUUUACCUUUGGGCGUACGUACGUCGAGAGCCUCGUCUCUCCUAUUCUCGGAGGAGGAAUUCGGAGUCAAUGAUAAGCUUCUCCCGGUUUGGUUGAUUUCUCAGACGCAACAGCUCUCCCACAGGUACCCUUUUAUUUAAGACAAUCGGUGAUGCCAAAUCCUUAACAGUUCUUAAACUAUGCGAGUGUGAACCCUACUUGGAAGAGGACGAGGAAGAGGACUUAGGCGAUUACCCUUUCACUGAUAGUGUAGUGUUUCAUUCUCUACGCAAAGUUGGUCUCAAGGGCAUCUCAGUGGAUGAGGAGCUGAUCAUCCAGGGUUUGAUCCGCAGUUGCCCUUUGCUUGAGAAAUUCUCUCUCAAGGAUGUUAGGACGCUGAGCAAAAUUUUGUGGUGGCUAACCUUCAUACACCAAAGGUAGUUGAAAUCUCUCCAUACGCGAAAAAGUUGUGAUGAUCGAGUCUCCAAAUCUCCGGUGCUUCACUUACGAGGCAGAAAGAAUAUUGGACAAGGAUUUUUUUUCAAGUUUAACAAUGAUUCAGCUCUCAAUCUGAGAGAUCUGUGUUUGAUAGGCUGUUGCCUCACCGACGAGGAGUUCGACUUUGAUAAAUUCAUUCCUUGAGUAUUUGAGGUUUGACGGUUGUGAUGAGAUCGAAACGGUCAGUGUCAAAAGUCAUCACCUUAAGCACCAAAUAUUGUAUGACUGGAGAUCAACCAGAGAAUCUCCAGCUGAGACCACUAGCUCGCCUUGUUAAUCCUACUGCUCCUAAUUUACUCUCUCUUGAAUAUGACGGGUCUAUUUUUUUUUUAUAACCGGGGAACAGCCCUACAGAUGAAUAUGAGGGGUCUACAACCAAAAUCACCUUGUUAUCCUUAACUAGCUCGCCGGGAAAACAUUGGAAGGCUAUUCUUUUUUAUGAUUUGGUUGACCCUAUAUGGUUCCUCGAGUUGAGGGAAUUUCUCCAAGAUCUGAAUGGAAAUGGAGGUCUGACCACGGAGUUAUUCACCUCUGUGUAUAACGGGGAUAGCUUUAAUAUGGAGGACUCUGGAAAAUUCCCGGUCCCUCCAGUCCAAGAAAUCGAGUAUCUGAAGCUCAAGCUAGUAGCAUUGUCAUCACUAAAUUGUGAAGCUCUUGUGGAUGACCUGGUUUGGAGUUGUCAUUCAAAGAAUGUUAAAAUAGAAUCUGGUAAUUGCAUUCUUGUAAUGGAACUCUAUGAGAUGCAGGGAGGAGAUGGUGAUCUGAUUAUUUGGAAGAUGAAGAGAUUGGGAGCUAUGAGGGUGGGGGUGGUGGUGAUCAUGAGUAUGAGAGGAUUCUUGACGAGGAAACUUUGUUGGAUUCGUUGUCUCCUUUUGCAUAUGGACAGCUUGUUUGUUUUAGGUGACCUACAGAAAGAGAGAGAGAUGGAAAGCUCAAACCGAACAUGGACGGAACAAGGAUUUUAUUUGGGGGGUGCCGAGCUUGUGUCACCCUGUUCUCCAUAUCAUCACAACACACAUGGGGGUUAACAGAAAAAUAGCAAUAGAGAAUUAUUUCUUAUCAUACAAUUAAUUAGUCACUCUCAAUUUUUGGACAAAGUUAUCUAGAAAAAAUGGUCAUUGCCAAUAACAGUUUCAGCAUUGUUGCAA